AUGUCCGUAUCAGGCGCAGGUCAACCCGGCAGGGGCACCCGCCAGAACAUGGCCAUGUCAGGCUCAGGUCAAUCCAGCGUCGGAAACCGCAGCGUGUACGAGUCAGGCGAUCAGCGCAACGUCCCCGUGUCCGAACUCAAAGAGCGCGCCCGCUACGCCGAGGGCAUGCCCACCAGCCACAAUAACCUUGAUUCCAAGGACGGCCGCUCCAUUGCCAACAAGCUUGCCUCCCAGGAGAACAAGCCCGACUCCUCACACCACCACCACAACGAGUAUGACGCCGAGGCCGAGAUGAGCAAGCAGAAUCCUACCAAGCCUGCUGAGCAGCACGGCAAUGCUCCGUCCAAGGGUGCUAGGAUUGAUGCCGAUCUCAAGGCUGAUGAUGAACAGCGUCUGCAGGAGAAGGGUAUCAAGCACUAA